AUGGCAGUGAUGGCACCUCAAAUGGGUGAAAAGAGUGAAACGAAUGGGGCCAACGGCACUCAUGCCACGCCGCCAAUGCCAGGACUUUGGAUCACGGGGAUUGCCUCCCAAUAUCCUCCAUAUCUCCUAGGGCCAGAGAAGUUGGAUGAGUUUGCGAAGAGGUUCUUUGACGUGGAGAAGCCAGGUUUGAAAAAGCUCCUCCAGAUCAACAAAACAAGUGGUAUCGACACGCGCGCCUCCAUCGGGGACUACCAAACCGGUUUCGCCAGCCGCCCGGAGGCCCCAACCCUUGCUGAUCUGGACAAAUUCUACCGCCGGGCAGGCGUCGACCUCGCCGCGCAGGCAUGCCGCAAGGCGCUGAAAGAAUGGGGCGGCCGGCCCUGCGACAUCACGCACACCAUCGCCGUGACCUGCACGAACCAGGGCAACCCGGGCUACGACCUUCUAGUGGCGCGCCGCCUGGGCCUGCCGCACACGGUCGAUCGCAUGCUGCUGCACGGCGUGGGCUGCGCCGGCGGGCUGGCCAUCAUGCGCGCGGCGGCCCAGGUCGCCAGCGGCGCCGCGUCCCGGGGCAAGCCGGCGCGUGUGCUGGCCUUCGCGUGUGAGCUGUGCACGCCCAACGUGCGGCACGACCUGGCCGAGGCCGCGGCUUGCGCAGACCCGGCCGACGUGAGCAUCGCGGGCGUGUUGUUUGCCGAUGGCGCCGCCGCGUUUGUGCUUUGCAACGACGCCGGGCUGCUGUUACCGCAGGACGACGCCGGUGACGACGACGGCGGCGGGGACUCGGGUCGGGCUGAGCCGCUAUUCCAGCUGCUCGAGUGGGACAACGCGACUAUCCCGGACACGAUGCAGCACAUGGCCUUCUACGCCGAAGGCACCGGGUUCCGUACUGUAUUGACCCGUGAUGUGCCCUCAUUUACCAAGACGGCCAUCGGGCCCAUGUUCAGGGACCUGCUGCCGGGGUUUCGGGAGAAGACGAGGCUGAAGAGUCUCGAUGUGGCCGACUUCGACUGGGCUCUGCACCCGGGCGGAGAGGCCAUCAUCCAAGGGGCGCAGGAGAUGCUGGAUUUGACAAGCGAACAGCUGCGGGCUACUCGGGAGAUAUACAGGACGCGGGGCAACUCAUCCAGUCCAACUGUAUUGGCAGUGCUGGACCUGCUGCGGAAGAUGGGCCGCGGCAAGGAUCAUGUUGUUGCGACAUCUUUUGGCCCUGGCUUGGCUAUUGAAAUGUCUUUACUCAAACGGUGCCGGGCGGGCGACGGUGUUUGA